UGAAUCGGAUGAAGUUGGCCGAUGUCGUGUUGGUGGAAAUUUGUGCAGGUAAUUUUCUUUUACGGAAAAGUGCUAUCCAAAGUGACAAUUUUUGUUUGAAAACUGUGCCAAAAAGUGGAUGUUGAGUGGGGUCAUGUUUUGUGAUAGUUAAUGGUAUCCGGGGUGAUUUGUUAGUUCUGAAAAAUGUAAAACAAAAUUCGGUGUACUGGAAUAUUUUGUUCGAAGAGUAUGUGCAGUGAGAGUACUGUGAAGGGCGAAUUGGUUUGAUUUGCGUGUUUGAUUGGAUUUUCCCGGAAGUGUUGAGGAACGGAGCGAUAUUUGGAAUUCAACUAAACUUGGCAAAUUAGUCAAACCUUGGGGUUGCGUUACAAUUUUUUUUUCAAUGGAUUUCUACGACGAACGUCAUAUAAUCGUAUCGUAUGAGAAAUGUCGCUAACAAGUUGGGAUAAUAGUUCUAGUUUUUGAUCGUCCGUGACGGCUUACAAGUGUAUGGUAUGGCAGACCAGGGGCCAUCGAUAGCCCGAAUGAUUCGGAGCAAGUGUGAGAUGGAGUUGAAAGUGUAAUUUGGGAACACCCAGGGAAGAAGAAAAGUGAUUGUCCAAUUUGUGGUCGAGGUGGCCAAGAAGAAUCUGCUUGCUUCAGUGCUGGUGUCAAAACGCGUAUAUCUGUGUGAUGUUUCCAUGUAUCCAAGCGAAGUGUAUGAAAAAGAGUGCUGAAGCUGAAGAAAAAGACACAUAGAAGAGGGCACAAGAAGUAGACAAGUGGCUCCAGUGGUUGAUUCAGGAUUUGUUGACUAUCGAUUGAAUCGAAAUAACUCCGGUCCAGACGGGCAAUUUUUUACAAAGUCAAAGAAAAACAAUCCGUGGAAAGUUUUCAUUGACCUGUGUGUUGGAAGUGAGCGCUGCUAGGACUCCAGGAUUUCGAUAUCUAUAACCCAAUCCAAUUGGAUCACCUUUAUAGGAUUCCAUCUGAAAUCACUACGUUGCAGAAAUCAAUUCAGGAAUCGGCGGCCUAGUACCACAAAGAGCAGCUACCCGACGAAGGUUCAAUACAUUUGCCCGAUCAUGGGCUAACCAGCGAUAGAAGAUCGACCUGUAGCUAAAAUUUAUUCGCGUGUUUUGGCUUCCUUAAGAAUCGAAGAGAGAUAUAAAAACAAACAACAACACCUUUAUUGUGCCGGCGCGCACCGAUUUGGAAUUCCGAGCUCGCCGAGACCCAUAGAAUUGGCGACGUUGUUGUCGAUUGGCUGUUGUUUGAACGGUCGGUCGGUCGGCCAAUUGGCUUCCGGACGACAUUCGACAAGCAUCAAUUUGUCAGAAGCCUUCAACGAAGACGGGCGUCGGCGACGUCGAUUCCCUUUUGCAGUGCCGUCGUUCGUGUGCUAGCACAGCCAGCCGUAGGGAGUUGUGGGGGGCGAAAAAUGGCACUCGGCAAACUAGGUCGCACCAGUACCGCCAUUGACAGUGUUAGUGCUAUUAACCUGGACGCGGAUCCGAAUCGUCGUCAUCAGCAACCAGCAGAAUAUGCCGGCGUUGAGCUCCAAAUUGUAUGCGGCCAAGUGGAUGGAAAUCAUCAGAAGAGGCAGCCUCUAAUUUCCCGGCAGGCUGCAGUAAAAUAAAAGUGUUGAAGGAAGCCCGCACCUGGAAAAAGUGGCCAUUUCCUCCUUCUUCCACUGUAUACUCUGUGUGUGUUGAUUAUGUGUUUUGCUGCUCCGUGAGCACGCCUCUGGUUUUAUUAUUGGUUCCUUUUGAGUGAUUUCUUCCAUUGCUCAAUUAAUUUCGAGCCAGUUUUUCAUAUCAAUUCGAAGAAAGAAAAAAGUGCACAGCAGCAGAGCAAACCCGUCGCGAUUAUUAGUGCAUGUGAAUAGAAAAAUUUUCGCUGAGCGAAAAAGUGUUAUUUUUUCAUCGAAAAAUAAGAAGCUAUCUCCUAAAAUAGCAGUGCAGUUGCUCAAAGCGUGAAACGAAUUUCAAUAAAUCUGUGAAUAGAAGAAAAAUGGUAAAUAAAAUGUAAGUUCAAAUAGUAAAGUGAAAUAAAUUAAAAGCAGUGAAAAUUGCAACCUAGCAAUAAGUGAGCGAAAUAUCGAAGCGUUUAAACGGGGCUGCGAAAGUCAAGAAGCAAGAAAAAAUAAGUAAAAUAUCCCGUAACGCGAAUAACCAAACCGCGAAUAAGAAGACGCAGCAAAUAAAAAAAAACAGUGCGCGUGUGAGUGCGACCGAGGGGCGCAGCCAAUUUGGGAAGGCAAGAACAAAACACAGAAAAUCCGACAACAUGUCGUUCCUAAACAACCUGAAGAAGGUGUUCCACCUUGGCGGUGGAGAGGCCAAGAAGAAGCGCAUUUUCAACAACAUUCGCAUGGAUACGGAUCCGGCAGAUUUCUGGGACAUGAUCGGGGAGCUUGGCGAUGGCGCAUUUGGCAAGGUUUACAAGGCGCAGAACAAGGAAACCCGGCAACUGGCGGCAGCAAAAAUGUGUGCCCUAGAGGACGAGGAAAAUCUCAGUGAUCAUAUGGUGGAGAUCGAUAUUUUGUCGGAGAUCAGACACGAAAACAUCGUGGAACUGUAUGAGGCGUAUUCCAUCGAUGAUAAACUUUGGAUGCUGAUAGAAUAUUGUGAUGGCGGUGCCUUAGAUAGUAUUAUGGUUGAGCUGGAGAAACCACUGACGGAGCAACAGAUUGCGUACGUGUGCAAGCACAUGUGCGAAGGACUGAACCAUCUGCAUAAGAAUAAGGUAAUCCAUCGAGAUCUUAAGGCUGGUAACGUGCUACUGACGAUGGAUGGCGGCGUCAAGCUAGCGGAUUUCGGAGUGUCGGCCAAGAACAAACACACCCUGCAGAAGCACGACACCUUCAUCGGAACGCCCUACUGGAUGGCACCGGAGCUGGUGUUGUGCGAAACGUUUCGAGACAAUCCGUACGAUUUCAAGGUAGACAUUUGGUCCCUGGGCAUCACGUUGAUCGAGCUGGCCCAGAUGGAACCUCCGAACAGUGAAAUGUCCCCGAUGCGGGUUCUGCUCAAAAUCCAGAAGAGUGAUCCACCCAAAUUGGAUCAGCCAUCAAAGUGGUCCAAAGCCUUCAAUGAGUUCCUGGCGAAAGCAUUGGUGAAGGACCCACAACAAAGGCCAUCAACGGAUGUUUUGCUGAGUCUACCGUUUAUCAGUCCCAACUUGGAUUCCAAACCCAUUAAGGAUCUGCUGCUAGAGUAUAAAGCAGAUGUGGUGGAAGAAGAGUUGGUGGAUGAAGAGGCAGAGAAAGCUAAAAGACAGGCGAAGCGUAGAUCACUCUAUCAGAGGGAACCCCGCAAUUCUGCGCUACCACUCGAUCUGGACGAUGACUCUUCGUCACUACAAAGUCAAGAAACCUUUAAACUUCCAGAUACACCCACAUCCCUAUCGAAAUCGUCCAGAGAUUCGAAAGAGUCUACCCCCGUUCCUGUUGAAGACGAAAGCAGAGCGAAGCCGUUGCCAGCGGCUGCAGCCAGCAAUAGUAAUGCCACAGCACAAUCGCAACCGCCGGCAACUGCGGCAACCACAACAACACCACCAACACCUACGAAAGCAACGAUUGUGGCUAGUGAUAGUAAUAGUUAUGUACAAAGUGAUGCCAAGAAAUCACCAACGUCUGUUCCUGCUCCAGUGCUACCGCAGCAAACAGCAGCCGCCCAGUCGCGGAAUGCCACAUCGGCCAAACAUGAUUCAGCGGAGACUGUGGAGUCCGUUGCCAAUACGAGUGGCAACAGCAGUAGUAGUAGUAGUAGUAGCUCUAGCCAUUCAGAGGUUGAAAAGAAAGGUGUCAUCAAGAAGGAGAAAGGUCCGGCACCUCCGCCACCGCAAACUCCUUCAUCUCCGAGUAGUAGAAACGCACCAGGUAACCUGGUGGUUGGCUCGUCAACUCAAACGAAUGUUCCUCCAACUCCACCUGAAACACCGCAAACACCUGGAACGAAGGGUGUCGAUCGGCCAGACAACAUUACCGCAUCCAAAACGUCCCCCGUGCAACCGGUUAUUUCUCGACAAACUAGCACUGAUGAUAUCCUGAAAUCGCCAAAGAAGGAUUACGCUCCUUCGCCACCGAAAGUAUCUCCGUCUACUAAAGAUAGUCCUGCAUCUACUCCAGCACCUUUGCCGAGUGAUGCCGUUGUCGUAAAGAGUCCCGCAAAGCGAAGGAUCAAUUCUAAUGAGCUACGAUCGAAUGAUUUUGAUGAACCCAAAGACCUAACAUCACCUGCUGCCAUUCCAAAAUCCUCACCAGAGUUCGAAGACGAGCAAGAUCAGCCGUAUCACCUGUACCACCCAAUCCCUCCACCGCUGCUGCCGGAUGACGAAAUUCGAAUAACAUCGACGCCAAACAGCAAGAUCAACAGUAACAAUACCCAGACUACAAUAACGAUCAACAACGACACUGUGCUAGCGGACCCCUCCAAUAGUCUUGCCACUAAUGUAAGCCAGGUAACAGUGGUUACGAGUCAUCCACCAGUGAUUAUUGAUAAUUCUGUGGUUCCAUCCGGAUCUUCGUCGUCUGCUUCGUCCACGAAAUCUUUCGGAUCGUCGCAGCGAAGAGCACAGCAACAACAGCGGGUGAUAACGCCAAAGGACGGAAGCAGUGAAGUGGUGAUCGUUUCCAAUGAACUUAACAGAACUCACGUCAACGAAUCGUCCACCGAUGACGAUUUCCAGUCGCUGGAUAGUUUGGAAAAUCUUUCUCCCAAAUACCGAAAACAACAGCGAGAACUACAACGUUCAGGUUCCGGACAAAUAGCUCGAAAGUUGGACGAAAGUGAGGUUUUGAUUGUCAGUUCCAGUUACGUGGGUGAUCAAGAUCAAGAGCAUCGGUUGUCAGAGCAAGAUGAUUUCAUCAAUGAUGAAUUGUUUAUAGGUAAUAAUCAUAACAACAGUAAACUGUUGGACACUAGUCACGUUUCAGUGGUCACGGUGGGAGAGGAAGAGAUCAAGGUGAAGGAUUCCUCGCACCAUGCCCACCAGAUCAAUAACAGCCACCAUCACCUGCAUCAACAACUAAAUCACCUGCAUAAUCACCACGAUUCCAUUAGCGAUCUGUCUAAUGUGAGCUGUGGCCCGAGCGAGUCUAGCGACGAUGUGAAGGUCAUGGAUGGUGCACUAAACCAUCCGGCAGCGGUGAUACAUCCAGGUGGUACCACGAGUACGAGUAGCGUCAGUACUGGUAGCACCGUAACGGCAGCAGGAGGCGGGGGAAGUUUCACGCAGCGAUCUCCCUCGGGAUCAUCGAUUUCAUCACCACCACUCAGGAGUGCUGGUGGAUCUAGUAAUAAGCUAAAUGGUGACUUCAAUCGAAGUCGAGAAGAUGUCAGUAUAAUAGUAAAUAAGCGAAAAAUAGUGGACAAGCAUAGGAUUUCCCCCGAUAGUAGUGUUGGUUCGAUGGAUGGUGGUGGGUCGGUCAGAUCGGCUAGUACCCCCUUGCAUCUGUUCCAUCAUCCGCAACAGCAACAUCUUCACAGCCCACAUCAGCAGCAACACGUCACUGGUGGUGGCAAACACAUGGAUCGUAGUGAUGCCGAAAGUAUAGCUACUACAACUAGUCACGACAGCCGAGAACAAUCGGUUGACGAAGAAGUAACGUUGCGGCGGAAGCCUCCAGUGGUCGACACCGAGGAGGACAAGGUUCCACCAAUCAUCGCUACUACCAACAACAAACCCAAGUCAAAUCAGCGAAACUUCAGCAAGGAGGAGAUCCAUCUGCAAAACCUCAAGAAAAAGACACGUAAGCGGACGAGAAAAUUCGAAAUUGACGGAGUCCAAGUCACGACAACGACGAGCAAGGUUAUCUACAGCGAUGAGGACAGCAACAAACUUUACGACGAUCACCUGUUCCGAAAGCAAGAGCUUCGUGAGUUAAAAAUGCUACAGAAGCAGGAGAAGAAACAGUUCUACGAACUGCAACAGAAGGAAUCCGUUGCCAAAGAGCAGCAGGAGAAAAAGUUCGAACAGGAACGCCUCCAACUUGAACGCACAUUUGAAGCCGACAUGGAUGUGUUGGCGCGGCAACACCGACAGACGGUGGAAAAGUACGAACAGCAACAAGAGACUGAGCUUAGGAAUACUUCCAAGAAAAUUCGUGCGGAACAGGAACGUGAUUUGAAGCUGUUCCGCGACAGCCUGAAGCAGGAGAUUCGGUUGCUCAAGCAGGAGGUUGACCUACUACCCAAAGAGAAGCGAAAAGACGAGUUCCGGAAGCGUAAAAUGGCCAUGGAAAUCGAACACGAGGAACGGGAGAAGAACUUCCUGUCGACUCUGUCUGAGAACCACGAGCUGGCGCUGCGACGGAUCAGCGAAAUCUACCGGGAGAAGCUGUCCGCCGCGGACAAGGGCUACCUGCAACAGAAGCAAACGGCAAUGCGAACCCGAGAGGCUAUGCUUUGGGAGCUGGAGGAGAAACAUAUCCACGAUAAACAUCAGUUGGCGAAGCGGCACGUGAAGGAUCUUUGCUUCAUGCAGCGGCACCAGAUGAUCAUUCGCCACGAAAAAGAACUGGACCAAAUCAAGAGAAUGAUUUCUCGCAAAGAGGAAGAACUGUUGAAGCGGCAAACAAUUGAAAGGCGAGCUCUGCCCAAACGGAUUCGUGCCGAACGGAAGGCUCGGGAUAUGAUGUUCCGUGAAUCGCUACGGAUAUCGAUGACCACGGACCCCGAGCUGGAAAGGGAGAAGCUAAAGAAGUUCCAGGAGCAGGAAAAGAAACGUUACACACAGGAGCAGAUCCGAUUCGAAACUAAGCACAGUAAGCAGCUGGAAGAGUUGCGAGCUACCUCAGAUGGUUCCAUUCGAGAAUUGGAACAAUUGCAAAACGAAAAGCGCAAACAGUUGCUGGAGCACGAAUCGGCCAAACUGCGCGAGUGUGACGAGGCCCUGCAGAAGGAGCUGCGCGAAUGGAAGUCCCAGCUGCUCCCGAGGAAACAGGCUAUAAAGAAAGAGCUCGAUCAGCAGUUGGACCAGUACGAGCACAAAUGGGGCCCAGUAGAUCGACGUGAAUUCGACGGUGAAUUUGUGGUUCCGCCGGAAAUUCGGAAUCGUACCAAUUCCCUCAAUACCCGUUCCCUACGUCUGCACGGUGGGCUGCUUAGCAUUUCCCGAUCCCGUACCUUCCUUUCCCUUCCGGUGGCUAAUGGCCGCAACAGCAUACACAGUUCGGUACCGGACUUAAGUCGUUCCCUUCCUAACACGCCAAACACGGCCCACAAAUUAGCGGUAGCGUCUUCCUAUGAUUCGGUUUUGGAGGAAAACGAAAACGAAAAUUUAGCUCCAUAUCAGGCAGGUCCUAUCGAGGGGCAAUCGGCUAUCAAAUACGUGUUUACCGACGAUGGUGUACAUUUGCGUCGAAAGUCGGAAGAUUUACUCUCCGGAAAGAGAACUAAGCUUCCAGUUAAGAACAAAAAUUAUCGCGAAAAUGGAGCAGGCUCACGAUAUGUACCGAGUAUGCCUCCCCUUCAGAAUCAUUCUAGACAAAAUUCAGAACCUAGUAACAGAAUUAUUCCAAUUCGGGUUAAUCCAGUUAAAAAACCGGGAAAUAUUUUCGAAGCAAUGACGAAUAGAACCACAAUUAGUGGUGGGGCGACGACAUAUGGCGGUGGAACCAUGCCUAGAACUAGUAACUCCGGGUGGGGCAACAGUCGUUUAGGUGCCAAUAACUGUUCUUCCGAUGCUAAUAUAAAUAAGUUAACGACUUUUGGUUCGGCCAGAGGUGGAGCUCCACUGCAACAAAAUUCCGAUGCUCGCAAUUCUGAUGCAUCAGGUGUUCCAAACUCCGGAUUGAAACUUUCCCCGUCCACCCCCAUAUUGUUAUCACCUGGUAAAGAUACCGAUUCCGCCGCUUAGAAAAAUGUUCCCUCAUUAAUGUAGCGUCCAUAUUAAAAUAUAAACUAGUCAAAUAGUGUGAUAAAAAAUCGUGAUUUUUUUCAUUAGGACCUCAACCUCAGGCAGCCGAAACUGUGUAUUCCUUAUAUUGUAUCCAAAUAAUCCAUCCUUCCGGUUAAAAUACCACGAACAAAAAAACCACAACAUACUACAUCGAAAUCCUUCCUUCGUCAUAUUGAAAGGAGCUAUACUCAUCCCCACAAGUCGAAAAAAGCACCCAUUAAUAAAAACGAUUGAGCGCACUACUUCUAUGGGAGCACCCAGUCUUUGUGUUAACCCUGGAGCACAAACUUGAACUGUUACUAACGGCUCUAUAAAAAAACCAUCGUUGUCGAAAUGGUAUUUUCAACGUACUAACAACUAUCUACUUACUAACAACCAUCACAUCGCAACUCUGCAGUCAUCUAACCUGGCCGUGUGUGUCCGCGUACGCCUCGGCGAUAAAACCAAACCACAUAUUAGCUCAAUCUAUUUAUCAACGUGUAACGUCUUGGUGGCUCAAAUAUUUGCACUUUGCCAAAAACCCGCACCCUCUUCUAAUAGCGCCUCUAGGAGGUAGUUUCCGUUGCCGGACAAAGUGCAACAACAUAUAUCCAUUCGUUUUCUCGAUUGGCUGUUGAAAGGUUGCUUUCGAGUAAAAAGCAGCAAGCAGCAGCACCUAAGUUUGCUCGAGCUAAUGCAUAAACAAGAACAACUCGCUGAGCCCAACCCCCUGGGGGUACCGACCAUAUAUAGCAGAGGCGCCGGAAAAGCGCCUGGAGGAAACAUUCGCCCAGCAGCUAGAGGAGAUGGAACAGUUGUACGGUAACAGUAUGGUACCGAUGCCGCCGCAAUCCCCGCAGGGUCAUGAUCUGCUCCAGAUUGGGUCCACCCGGAGCAGCAUUUCGUCCUA